CCACCCGGACGAUUUGUUGAACGGACGUUUCCGGUGCGAAGUAAACAGUUUGACAUUGUGGUCUUCAGCGUUUUAAAGCAUGGCUUCUUUGACUGUAAAAUCUUUACGGGACGUUAUGAGAGUCUUAGCUGACAGCUCAUGCUUUGACAGGGUCCUCAGCAAGGUGGACGUUUUGUCUGCCAGUCAGGGUAAGGUGGUGUGCGAGAUGAAGGUAAAAGAAGAGCACACGAACCGGGGAGGGACGCUGCACGGGGGGUUGACAGCCACCCUCGUGGAUGUUGUUUCUACUUUGGCUAUCAUGAAUAGCGAGAGAGGGGCACCGGGGGUCAGUGUGGACAUGAAUAUCACGUAUAUGAAUGCUGCUAAGAUCGGAGAGGACGUUCUUAUCACUGCGCAGGUGCUUAAGCAAGGACGGACUUUGGCAUUUGCCACCGUAGAUCUCACCAACAAGGCCACCGGGAAGCUCAUUGCACAAGGAAGACACACAAAACACCUCGGCAGCUCUUGAACUUUGUAAAUCGCAAUUGUACACUUUCUAUUUGUGUAAAAAAGAGAUGACUUCUGUAAGUCUGCAUAAGAUCAAGUAAAAAAUGUACAUGUAA